AACAAAAUGAAAACGGAGGAAUGGAAACGCAUCACCGACCAAUUUAAUGCAGUUGUUACAUCAUGCCACCGUACACCUCAACAACUGCGUUUGAAGUGGGAAAAUUUAAAAAAAAAUUCUCGCAAACGCAAUACAUUAAUUAGGAUGAACAACAUUAAGACUGGUGGUGGUGGUCCAGAUUACAUCCCUCCGGAUGAAGUCCUAGACAAGGUAGCUACUUUGUUAGGCAAUACGGUGGAUGGUUUCACUGUUGAAUAUGGUGGCGAUGCUGAACUUGUGCCGGAGCCAACAAACUGGGCUUCUGCUAAUGUAAUUAUUGGUGAUGGUGGUGGUAUUGGGAGUGAUUUUGUUGUAGAAUCACAAAUUAUAAAAUUAGACGCCAGCUCCAUAUCUCCUGGAGUCCAAAUUUUACAAAAUGACGUAUUAAAUGAAGCAGAAGACCCAGGAAAGUGUUCAGCAAAAGAACCGAAGAAAUAUUUAUUCACUCCUAGAGCUAGUGGUUCCAAAAGAAAACUCUUCACCAAGGGUGAUGAAAACCGUUCUGCCAGGAAUCAAGCAAUAGCAAAUUAUUUUAUAGCUAAAACUAAGUUAUUAGAAGAGAACUUGGAAAAGGUGUUAUUAGAAAAAAAAAAUUACAACUAGAGAUAGAUAAUUUACAAAAAGAUAAAGGUUAAAUUAAAUAUUUAUUGUU